GUCUUGCAAGUGUGCCAACGGAUUUUUUUUUCUUGCAUGUGUGUGUAGUUGCAAGUCUGGGAUGCUUUUGCUCCAUCUCUCGUCCAAUCUAAAGCUGUGUCUCAAGCAAAGAGCGCUACAAGUGUGUAUAAAAGCAGCAAGAAGCUGACCUACGGUGCCAAUUGAUCCAGCAGACAGCAUGGAAGCGGCCCCCGAGGAGGCGAAGUUUGAAGAUGAGCAGCAGCAAGCUACAGAGGACUCUCUAGUCUUUGAAACAGAAGUUGAACCUCAAAAAACGGUCCUGAUUGUGUACGCCCACCAGAGCUUGGGCUCAUUCAACGAAGCAGUGCGGGACGAGGCUACUAAGGAGCUUUCAAAGCAAGGCUACCGGGUCAUCGUGUCUGACCUGUACGCUAUGAACUUCAAAGCCAGUGCCACAAAGAGUGAUAUAAUUGGUGAUUUGAAGAAUUCAGAGCUUUUCCAGUAUGGAGAGGAGACUAUGCAUGCCUGGAGGGAGGGUUGCCUAAGUGACGACAUUACGGCCGAACAACGUAAAGUAAAAGAGGCUGAGCUCAUCAUCUUCCAGUUUCCUUUGUACUGGUUCAGUGUACCUGCCAUCAUGAAGGGAUGGAUGGACCGAGUGCUGACUCAGGGCUUUGCUUUCUCCCUGGAAAAGAUGUACAACAACGGUAUUUUCAAGGAUAAGAAAGCAAUGUUAUCCUUUACAACUGGAGCAAUAGAAUCAAUGUUUCGCCCCGAUGGCAUCAAUGGAGACAUUAACGUCACACUGUGGCCUCUUCAGAAUGGCACUCUGCACUUCUGCGGAUUUCAGGUCCUUGCUCCUCAGAUUUUCUGGAGUCCAGCUCAUUGUCCUGCUGAAGUACGAACUGCAAUGCUAAAGCAGUGGCGUGCGCGUCUCAAGGGACUGCUAGCUGAAAAGUGUCUGACUUUUGCCCCUUGUGAAUGGUUUGGCCUCAGCUUUGAAAAGGGGUUCUUGCUCCAGCCAGAGGUGAAGGAGGAGCAGAAGUCCAAUGCCUAUGGGAUCACCACAGGGCACCAUCUUGGCAAAUUGCUUCCCCCUGACAACCAGACCAAAGCACAGCUCACAGAUGACACACAGAUGGCUGUAACUACACACAAAAUGUGAUCGCAAAACAGAGUACCAGAAUCACCCUAAUCAAUUUACUGAACUCUUACUGUGUGUGUGUGUGUGUGUGUGUGUGUGUGUGUGUGUGUGUGUGUGUGUGUGUGUGUGUGUGUGUAUAUAUAUAUACAUGCAUACUGUAUGUAGUUCACAUUUUUACUCGAUUCAUUUGUAUGUCUGUGAUAUGUGUCAUGUAAAAUGUUUUUAUAUAUAAUAGAUUUUGAAAUCUGAUUCAUAUUUGGUCUAACAAAAUGUUUAAAAAAUAGUUUAAUAACAUAAUUUUGAGUUUUAAGUUGAUGUUGAUUUUGAAUGUAACAUCAACUUAUUUUUUCGGAGGAAAGUGCAGUAAUAAAAAUUGUUUGUCAUCUUUUAAGGAAAUGAAGGAUAUAGCUGAAACCAUAAGUUUGAAGAGUCUAAUUAAUAUUUAAUACAAAUUUUACAUUUGUUUUAAUUGAAUGGUGUUUCUGUAUUGCUGUAGUUUAAAAAAAAAACAGGAUGGCCAUGAUGACAGAAGCUGAGCUGCACUGUAAUUGUUCCCAAACAGGUUUUGUGGCUACAGUUUGAAACAAUUCACACUUGUCCCUUAACCUCAUAAACAACAAAGCGUGUGACGGAAAAGUGGUUAGGACUGCACGACUGUCCGUGUUUGAUGUUAUGUGUUGUGUUUAUUAUUUUACUUUAUGUUAACUGUUUUGUUAAGCGCUUUGUUACAGCUGCCGCCGUUGUGAAAGCGCUAUAUAAAUCAGCAUGUAUUGUAUUGUAAUACCCCCAUAAUAAAGUAACAUCCUCAUAA